AUGGCAAGAACACAAAAAUGGAACGAUAAGGGCUCAAACAGUGAGCCAAGAUACUUCACCCACAAUGGGUUCCCUGACCAAGCUCCGAAUCAUAUCAAAAAGGGUGGCUUUGGUAAAGGUAACUGGGGCAAGAACGGUGACGAGCUGGAAGACUUGAUCACUGACGGCGAGAUCCCUCCAGUCUUUAAGAAGGAGAGACGUUCUUCCAACCAUUCUCAGAAUGAGGAGAAGUUUCAUGAGGUUCAAUUGAACUCGGUUAAUGAGUAA